AUGAUUGCCGCCAACGAAACGCAGACUGACUGGUCGGCACCCAGCCAAAAGUCCAUCGAUGAUGAUCGCCCGAUCAAAGUGAUCUGUAUAGGAGCAGGUAUCUCUGGCAUGCUUACAGCCAUCCGGUUCCCUCAGAAGAUCAAGAAACUAGAGCUUGUGAUCUACGACAAAUCGGACGACAUCGGUGGAACGUGGCACGAGAAUCGGUAUAGUCACCCAGCCAUAGUGCUAUACACGUUCCACGCCAUGGAUACUAAAAACAUGUGUUCCAGCUACCCUGGUGUGGCCUGUGACAUUCCUGCGCACAGUUACCAAUUCACAUUUGCGAAUAACCUCAACUGGAGUUCUUUCUAUGCCGCGGGCCCAGAAAUCCAUCGCUACCUAAAGAAUGUAGCACGGCGAUACGAUGUUGAGCGCUACGUCAAACUCCGACAUCUUUUCCUUGGAGCCCAGUGGCAGGCGUCGGACGGAAAAUGGGAGGUUGAGAUUGAAGAGCUCGAGAAAGGAAGAAAAUUCACUGACCGAGCAGACAUCUUGAUCAAAGCCACCGGAAUUCUAAAUAGGUGGGAGUGGCCGGACAUUCCAGGCCUUCGCAAUUUCAAAGGGACUCUCCUCCACUCAGCGGAUCGAAAGAGCUGGGAGACCCGGCUGGAUCCCAAGGGGAAAAGAAUAGCUGUUAUCGGAGGUGGCUCAUCAGGAAUCCAGAUUGUGCCUCAGCUCCAGCCCACCGCGGCUCGAAUUGACCAUUAUAUGAAGGGUAAGACAUGGGUAUCACCAGUUGGCUACGGAUCCGACAAAUCCAACCGAGGAGUGACGGAUAACUACAAAUAUUCGGCCGAUGAGCUCAGGAUGUUCCGUGAGAAGCCCGAAGAGUAUCUGAGAUAUCGUCGGGAAAUUGAGCGAAUCAUGAACGCCAAACCCGAAAUCUUGUUCAAGGGCACCGAAGAGCAAAAGGCCUUCUUCGCGCUGAAUGACGAGUCGAUGAAGCAGAAACUCUCCAAGAAGCCACACAUCUAUGAGAGCUUACGACCGGACUUUUCGCCGUUCUGCCGCCGGCUCACGCCUGGCCCCGGCUUCUUAGAAGCGCUGGUCGAGGACAACGUUGACUUCAUCGGCUGUGGCAUCGACACCGUGGUGGAGAACGGUAUCAAGGCGAAUGAUGGAAAAGUGCGCGAAGUGGACGUUAUCAUCUGCGCCACAGGCUACGACACGUCCAUGGAAAACGAACCACCCAUCGUUGGACUCGAUGGGACGACUCUCGCCGACAUAUGGAAUCCCGACCCUCAAGCCUACCUCUCGAUUUGUGUACCGAAAAUGCCAAACUUCUUCAUAUACUUUGGCCCGAAUGGUGGCGCCGGAUCCGGGUCGGCGAUAUUCUUCCUCGAGUCGGUGACACUCUACCUCGUCAAGCUUGUGCAGAAGAUCCAGCGAGAGUACCUAAAGUCCAUGGUCGUUACUGAGCAAGCCACCAGCGACUUCGUCAGACACGUCGACGAAUACUUUUCCAAAACAGUUUUCACCGAAACCUGCAAAUCCUGGUUCAAACGCAACAAGCAGAACGGCCGUGUCACCGCGCUGUGGCCUGGCGCUUCUAUACAUACCCAGAAGGCUCUGGAAAACCCCCGCUUCGAAGAUUUCGAAUAUGAAUAUCUCGAAGCCUUGGGCUCCAACACCAUGGCGUGGCUGGGCAACGGAACAACCGUGGCCCAGGUGAGUGGACAGGAUACCACGGAUUACCUGGUGGACAAUGACAUUCCGCCGCCUAUCGUGGAGGGGAUCCAUGAAUGGGACAAUGAUGACCAAGGAGGCUCACCCUUGACUUUACGACACACCUUGCAGUCGACGUUUCCAAGGCUGUGGUGGGAGGUCUGUAGAAUUUCCGGCCAGACUUGUCAAAAUCUGGCGCAGACAACGAAGCCGGCCGAGUAA